AAACGUAAGUCAUCUGUUCGCAGCCUGUACAAUAGAUUAAAGUGAAAAAUAAAUAAUUAUCAGCUUUUUCCUGGAGUGCUCCAACUAAUUUUUACCGCGAAUUAGUCCUUUUGGAAGUUUUUCUUGGCAAGCCAUUCUCAUAGUUUAAUGGUCGAUUUACUUAUUUUUGUCCAUGUGUCUGGGAACAAGAGGAGCUACUGUAAAUAGGGAGUGACUUUUACGCAUGCGCAUCAAGGGAUAUGUUAUCGGAGCGCUAAGAGGCCGAUAACUGCGAAAAACAAAGGCAGUGAACAGCGGAACAAGAAACGUCAUUUUCGGAUUGCUCCUCCUUUUAUGAAGAUUCUGACAAAGGAGUAGCCUAUUUUCAUCAAACCAAUUUAUUAUUUGCUAUUCAUAUGAAACUUUUUACAAUCCAUUGUCAUUGUAUGAUUGAGGAUUUCUAGACGCUCACCCAGAUCCCGCAAUAGAAAGUGGCCUAAGCGGAGUGUGGAAUCUACAGGUCUCUUUUGGGUUUUAUUCAUGCCGAAGCUGCGAGGAAUAUCUAGUGAAUGACUGUGAGUGUGGAGAGUGCCCAAGACAGCUAUCCCAGAGAACACUGAAUAUGAGAACUCGAACCAGGGUUAUAUUGCAUUCCCUAUUACUUUUGGUUUUAGUAGUGCAGGUGAGCAGGCCAGUAUGUGUGGAUGUGCCCUCGGAAACAGAGGCAGUCGUUGGGAACCCCAUGAAACUGACCUGCAUCUCCUGUAUGAAGAGAGAGGAGGUCAGCGCAGAGACACGCGUGGACUGGUACUACAUCCCACCUGACGAAGAACCCAUGCCUAUCUACCUGUUUGAUGGACAACCCAGGGAGCUGGACGGGCCUUGGAGGGGUCGCCUGGUGUGGAAUGGAAGUAAAGAUCUGCAGGAACUCUCCAUCAGUAUCCUCAACGUCACAAUGAACGACACGGGCACCUAUAAGUGUGUGGUAUUCCGACAGUUUGAGUUUGACUGCUACUCUCCUUCGGUUACCAACAGCCUGGUAAUCAACCUGGUGGUCAGAGAAGAAGCCAGUGACAACACCACUGCCCUGUACUCAGAGAUCAUGAUGUACGUCCUGCUGGUCUUCCUCACCUGCUGGCUCCUGGUGGAGAUGGUCUACUGCUACAGGAAGAUCUCCAGGUCAGACGAGCAGGCCCAGGACACCGCGACAGACUACCUAGCCAUUCCCUCAGAAAAUAAAGAGAAUCUGGGUGUUCCAGUUACAGAAUAAAAGUGAUUGUCUCACAACAAUACGGUACUGACCAAUGGUGUACCAAGCAGUUCAUAGUCACCUGACGAUACAGACUGAACUCUUUGAAGGGAACAUUCAGUGAAGAUGUCACAGCGCCUCUCAGCAACCAGGAAACCUGCCAAGUGGAGUCCCCUUUGUCUUGGUCUUGUGGUGUGAGCUAGCCAAAUACUUGAACGCUCAAGUUGUACUCUCCCUUCUUAUUUCACUCUGAACCACUCUGUGCCAGACAGCAGGGAUUUGAUGAUUAAGAAGUUGUUCAUGCCAUUUGAAUGUCACCCACAGAAAAAAACUGAACCUACUCUUGCAGAGGACCAAGGAAUUACUUCAAAGCAAAUUACUUUUAAAUGUGUCAAAUGUUGUUAAAAUGCUAACAAUUAUACUGCACUGCACAUCAUUGGCGAGAUUAGCUCAGCUGGUAGAGCACGGCGCUUGUAACGCCAAGGUAGUGGGUUCGAUCCCCGGGACCACCCAUACACAAA